UGUAUAACGCUGAGCGUGGUAAAGUGUUGUAUGGAGAACAGCUAAGGUUGUCUUCAUUGUACACACUACAGAACAAACCCAAACUACUAGCUUUAGCAUUUAGCAAGGGUGAAUAUAAAUCGAGUUUAUCAACAUCUGCUUCCGGUGCGGGUUACAAAGGGGAGCCGUGAAAAGUAUGUUUGGAGCAGUGGUGGUGGGCAUUGGAAUCGCAGGUGGGGUGAGGAUCAGAGAUAUGUUGACUCCACUGCAAGGCAGCUCUGCUGAGAAACUCGCAGUCAGAGCAUUCAUAUCCAGAAGACGCCUGGAGAGUCAGCAAGGAGUUAGUCAGAUCUCCAAAGAGGAGGCUCUGAACAGAAGUGACAUUCAAGUGGCGUUCAUCUGCACCGAGAAUUUGUCACAUGAGGACAGUGUCAGAAUGUACUUGCAGGCAGGGAAACACGUUUGCGUGGAGUAUCCUAUGACGCUCAACUACAAGGCUGCCGUUGACCUCUGGAAUCUGGCUGAGGAAAAAGGUGUUAUUCUCCAUGAGGAACACAUCGAGCUUAUGUCUGAAGACUACAGGCAGCUGAAGCGAGAGGUCCAAGGAAACAUCCUGCAGAAAGGAAGUCUUCAUUUUACAGGCGGUGUUCUGAAGCCUGGAUUUGGUUUCUUGGCAUUCAGUGGCAUCGCUCGCCUCACCUGGUUGGUUGACUUGUUUGGGGAGCUUUCUGUAACAGCGGCAACCAUGGAGGAGGACUCUAGUAAAAACUACAGCAAGAUGACUGCCCAGCUACAAACUGCUGACAACAAACCGUUGACAUGGACGGAAGAACGGGGACCGGGCCUCCGAAGAACCAAGAAUAUCAACUUUCAAUUUGACUCUGGAACGCUGACACAAAUCCCUUCGUCACCCAGAGGAUCAGUGGGCCUCUUCAUGCAGGACUUGAUCCUCUUCUCCUCCAAGCUCACUGGACAAGUGACUCCAGAGGAUCUCCAGAAAGAGAAAUGGAGGGUUCUACACUGUUUGCAGCUUGCAGAGAGAGUACAACAACUGUGCCAGAAAUAAGUAGGUUUGACAGGUUGCAGUGUACUUUACGUCACCGUGCAUACAAGUUUCAUAUUUUGUCAGUAAAUUGAUAAGAAAUUAAGGUAGGCCGGUCAUGAUAAUGGAUAUAUCAGGGAAAAAAAACAGGUCAGUAAUUAUGAGCACUGGAUAAAUUGUCUCUGUGCUACACAGGCUGGAUGACAAGAGAGUUCACUCUGUGCAUUGCCUCUAUAUGAAAUCAACACUGAAGAGAGAGAGAGAAUCUUCUCAGCAUAAAGCCUCUUUUAUAACAGAAGGGAGUGGCUUGCCAUGAUUCAAAUUUAACAUAAUUCAUGAAAUAAAUUAGCAUUCUUAACAUUUCUGACAGCCCUAAAAUGUAACAAAAUACCACACAACAACAAAACACAUUCAUUCAUUUUCUAGCGCUUAUCCUCACGAGGGUCACAGGCGUGCUGGAGCCUAUCCCAGCUGUCUUCGGGCAAAAGGCGGGGUACACCCUGAACUGGUGGCCAGCCAAUCACAGGGCACAUGUAGACAAACAACCAUUCACACUCACAUUCAUACCCAUGGACAAUUUGGAGUGGCUAACAUUUUGGAAUGGGGGGAGGAAACCGGACAAAACACAUACAGCAGGGGUCUCAAACACGCGGCACGCGGGCCAGAUGUGGCCCGCAGGACACUAGUUUGAGACCCCCGCCUUGAUAUGAAAGUUUAAUGCUAGUGCGGCCCGUGCAAGUUUGAUAUGAUGCUGUAUGGUAUCAUGUACCCAGAAAAAAUUAUUACGUUUGAUUAAAGUUAAAGGUUAAAUAACUGUUAAUAGUUAUCCUCCCUAUCGUUCGAUUAGCAUAAUUGGUUUGGCAAAGUUUUUAUGUCGGAUGCCCUUCCUGACCCAACCCUAUGUAUUUAUCCAGGCUUGGGACUCGAUUCUAUUCUCACUAUUCAUUCUCAUAUCAAUAUUAUUGAUUUAUGGAUUGUUGCAACCACACCUGAAAAUACCAAUCUCAUUGUGCUUAUAUGGAUCCAGACACUAACAUCAUGGGUAUCAAUAUUAUUGAUAUUUCAAUCGAUGCGCUCAUCCGUAGACAGCAGUACAUUCGCACACAAAGUACACAGUAUACUUCAGUGAUGGAAGUAACAUUGCAAGUCAAAAAUUGCAUUAUACCAUUUGUGCAUUAUAUACAGUGGAACACAACCCAGAGAACUCGUUAUUUAUUGACAGUUACUAUGGAAUGAUAACAUUUUAAUGAAGAAUACAGGACCUCAAAGCACCAUUGCAACUACGUAUGACAGAUACCUGGAUGUUUUUACAUGCUUGAAUAGUGCUAAUAACUGACUAACUAACUGCUGUACGCAGCAUUCUGCUGUUCUGUACAUCUUACUUGAAACAUAAUCUAUUUAUUUUCAUUAUGCAGUGAUGUGCUGCAAAACAUUUUAAUACGAUGGUAUUACUGGAGUUAGCGCUGUUACAGGAACUUGUACCACAAAGCAAUGGAAUACUUGACAUGAAACAUAUUUAAUAAA